AUGAUAUUGGUCGUGAGUAAAUUGGAUUUGGUUGUAAUUGGCAGCGAGGGACACAGGAUACUCAGGGCUAAGAGGCAUCGCACCGCUGGAGAGCUGUUCGCUGCGUUGGACGAGAUACUGUGUACGGCCGACGUGGAUUUGUUGUCUGUGGAUGGCUACCAGGGCAAUCAGCUAGACGCCACGCUGUAUUUCCCGUCCACGCCACUCCAGCACCACUCGCAGCUCCACAAUGCAACAUACCUCCGCCAGCGCUACAACAGCCACAUUCGCAUACAGCCCAACCUCGACAGGACAGCAGCCCACUUUACCGCUAUAUCCCCACCUACUAACUCCAUACUCGUCGGGCUCGGCCACCACAACCACAUCAUUUUCCAGAUACCAAGACAUACUACAGCGCGUCUGCCAAAAUACACACACGUGCUCCCGCACCCUCUCAACCCCUCCCUCGCCCUGGCAUACAUUCAGAUACGCGACCAGGGUCUCGCACGCUCCUCAAUACGCGACGCAUACAGCAACGGCAACUGGUCCACCUUCAACAGCCUCGUCAAUAUAGUCAACAUUGGUGGAUCCGUCGGGCUGGAUAACAAGCUGUUCAGUUUCUACUACCCCACGCCUCAAGCGACGCUAUCGGGGAGGCUGCAGGGAUACUAUCGCUAUGAGUUGGGCACACCGACCAACGAAUUUGCAGACCUCCGCGCUAACUCGCGCUGCAUCGUCGAAUCUCAAUUCCUCACUAUCAAGCGCUAUAUCGAGGCAUUCGAGCGGAGCGGUGUGAUUGGCCAGGGAUGUGCGGUGUAUUUGACGGGAGAGCCCACCCAGUCAGGCUCGCUGUGCUCAGCGAUAGCCAACAUACUCGCCAAGAAGAUAUACCUCCCGCAUUCGACCAUGUGCGAAAAGAGCACGCAGCACACACUCACCCCGUUGCUUGGCAUGGGGCUAUAUAGCUGGUAUAAUGUCUUUCAACCAUCCACAGCCCUCGAGGAGACAGUGAGGUUUAGGAGGAAAUCGUAUAACCACUCCAUCCCCUCACCUACCUCCACUCCCCCACUUACACCCCUCCUCACGCCUCAGAUUGGAUAUCUCAGCAACCGAAGAGAGAGCGAAAAGAGUAAUCUGACGCCGGUCGCCGAGCAGUUUGAACUGCCUACUAUCACACCCACCACUAUAUCAUUCGAACAGAGGUACCAAUUCAGCAGCCUCACUCAGCUCGAAUUUGACAACGAUCCUUAUAUCAAACCAGACAGCGAUCUUGGAUUGAUCUAUGCUGCACUUUUAUGCGAGCAUGAGCGGCUGGAGGCCAUCUCUGUGGGAAGCUAUGCGAGGAAUAGCUGGAAUGUGUAG